AUGUUCGUUUACGUAUUUAAAGUACAUUGCUUUGACACAAUUAACGACAAUGAUCUUGUACACGUUUUAACAAGCCAAGAAAAUGUUAUCGUUUUGUUUAUAAAAACAAAUUGUCCAGAGUGUAUGCAAUAUGAAAAAAUCAUAUCGAAUAUGAAGACUGAAUUAAAAGAAGUUCUGGGAGCUACUGUUGUUAAAGCUCACGAUAGUAAUCUUGUUUCUAUUUAUGACCCAGCUAGGGAGCCUGCAUUGUUAUUUUUUAGGCGCGGCAUCCCUCUUUUAUAUUAUGGUGAUAUUAAGCAAGACGAAAUGAUGCAGUUUUUCAGUAGUAAUAAGGAACCUGUCGUCAAAGAGCUGUCAGAUGAUACCUUCGAGCACUUGACUCAAUCUUCGACUGGAGCUACAACUGGAGAUUGGUUUGUGUUUUUUUAUUCUGAUAAGUGUAUAUCGUGUCAGCGUCUUUAUGCUAUUUGGGAGUCUGUUGCCGCACAUCUUAAAAGAAGGUUAAAUGUUGCACGUAUAAACCGAAUGGAAGCUGGCAUUUCUACAGCCAAACGGUUCAAAGUAGUGGAAUCAUCGUCACCUGUGUUUAUUCUAUUUCGGCAAGGAAAUUAUUACCAGUACGUCAAAAGAGAAUACAGUGCGACAUCUUUAAUUGAGUUUGCAGAGACUGGCUACGUUAAGAUAAAACCUAAGCCUGUACCUGCGAUGCCAGACACUUUGGAGCAAAUGUUUUUGAUAAUUUUUCAACAUAUCAACACACGACUUUGUCCAGCGAUUGGAAUUGUGUUGAUAUUUGUAAUUCUCAUUCUUUAUUUUAUUAAACGAUUUUUUAUAAAAAAUAUCCAGAAAGAUGUAAGAAAAAAGUCAAAAUAGAUUAUUAUAUCGCUUGCAAAACUGUAAUAGCACACGUAACGGGUAACUGCAGGGUUCCCAAUGAACUUUUGAAAUGAUUAUCUUUUAAAAAUCCUGUACCUACAACUUCAAAGUUUUAAAAAUUGUACACCCUAUAUCCAAAGGGUAUAAGGGUAUGCUAGUUACAUUAAUUUAUUUGAAAUUGAAAUGAAUUACAAAUAUACAAUUUAUACACUUCGAGAACACGUGUACUGGCGAGAAUUUGUUUCGCUAAUAACUUUUCUUAGAA